ACCAAUGUAGACCGUUUGUGAUUAUAAUUUUACAAUAAACUGCAUUUGUGAUCAUCAGAAAUGAAAGAAAAAUGGAACUUUAUCUUAUACCUGUUAUGGUUUUCGUAUCUUAUCAUAUCCGCAGUGGUAAUGUUUGGUCAUGGAUUCUUAUUAUCAAGAAAAACGUUGAGUGAUGUAUCAGAAUGUGUUCCUUUGAGUAGUAUCGGUUGUGAUGGACGGGAAAUCUCUAAUUCGACUGGUGGAUGCAGUGAAGAUGAGAAGAUCCGUGCGAUUUUGUUAAACCCGGAUUCGCCGCUGGUCUGCCCUCCAAGAAGUCAAAGAGUGGUGUUAAUUCUAGUCGAUGCGCUACGGUAUGACUUCACGGAGUACAAUGCUGACUUGGAGAAUCCUCUACAAUACCAAAACAAGCUGCCAGUCAUCACAAAUUUGCUGGGGAAGUGGCCCAAUCGUACCAGAGUGUUUAGAUUCAUGGCAGACCCGCCCACCACUACUUUACAGAGGAUAAAAGCUCUUGUUACUGGAUCCCUACCCACCUUUGUAGAUGUGAGCUCCAAUUUUGCAGCAAUGGAAAUACAAGAAGAUAAUAUUUUGGAUCAAAUUCUCAAAGACAAGCAUAGGGCUAUACUUCUUGGUGAUGACACAUGGGCAAGACUGAUGCCUGCACGAUGGCAUCGGAAGCAUGCUUUGUACUCAUUCCAUACUUGGGACUUAGAUACUGUUGAUACAGAGGUUGAUUCAAAGAUCUACAACGAAUUAAAGAAAGACGAUUGGGAGUUGCUUGUGGCCCAUUAUCUAGGUGUUGAUCAUGCGGGCCACAGAUACGGACCAAACCACGCAGAAAUGGCCAGAAAACUGUCAGAAACUAAUGACAGACUGGAGAAGAUAAUUGAGAUUUUGCCUGCAGAUGCUAUACUGUACGUCAUAGGAGACCAUGGCAUGACUGAGACAGACUCACAAGAGAGGAUAGAUUUGGAGGGAGACCACGGCGGUGAGAGUAAGGCUGAACGUACAGCCGCCUGGUUCUCCUACUACCCGCCAGGGUUUAGAGCUGAUGAUGGAGCCAUCGGUAAGGAGGUGCAGCAGACUAAUUUAGCUGCUACAGUCAGCGCGGCGCUGGGCAGGCCGCCCCCCGCGCCGUCGCUAGGCUACGUGGAGUUGCCUGUGCUACCGCAGAUGACUACUGCGGGGACGCUGCUGUGCUUGACGAAUAAUUUGAAACAGAUAUCAAAAUACUUGCUAAGAUACGGUGAGGAGUCCCAACAAGUCUCGCUAGACAGACUGACACAACUGCUCAACGCUACCAGAACACAGAUUGACUUGGCUUCUGCCGUUUAUUCGGAGUUGGAGCUACGGCAUUAUAUUGAGGAUGUUAGGUUGUUAACGGACAAUAUACGCAACGUAUUCCGAGAAGUGUGGGUAGAAUUCGACUCGUUGUCUAUGCUCAGAGCGUUAUUAUUACUACUCCUAGCUAUAUUCUUCAACUGGAUAAUAAGCGAGGGUGUGCCUAUAGAGAGGAUACCACAUGUGUUCUCCAGCUCCUUCGUACCCAGUGGUCUUAUAGGUAUAGCAGUUUGCAUAGGGGUCUGCUAUACAGCUUUCACCCUAGAAAUGUUGUCAGAUUUGGAGCAUGCGAUAUUUCUGAGCACCGGACUUAUAUCUGGUGUGUUCACAUGUAUGUUAGUCAUCAUGCAUUGGGAUGGUAUCACUCAGAAGUGGUAUGAAAGUCAUCCACUGUUCUAUGAGCGUUUUGCUCGCACUGCGUUAUUCGCUUCUGCUGCAGUGCUAGUAUCGAACAGCUAUAUUAUUGAAGAGGGGGCUGUUUUAUCCUUCCUAGCGUUGUCCGUCAUAGGUCUCAUCGCAUGGAACGUUAGGACGAUUAAGUGUUUAGGUCUCUGGGUAGGUUUUGGUGUGUCGUUGGCUUUGACCAGACCGUACCUGGGGUGUAGAGAGGAGCAGGGGGAUUGUUGGACUAGCGAUAGUAAGAACUCUAGCAAUGCUUCCCGGGCAGCCCUGGUUUUAGCUCUAGGGUCCAUGGCCGCUGUGGUGUCUAUAGCUAGAAGAUACUUAGACUGGAGAGGCUAUGGUUUUGUCAUAGCUGGUAUAUUUUCAUGUGCGCAUUGGGCCGUAGGUUGGGGGUCUCUAGGGUCGCCGGGUAGAUCGAAAAUGUUAGCGCGGGGGGCGUGGCUAGUUAUAGUGUGUACGUUCUUUCUCCUUCUAAAAAGAGAUAGCAGGGGUGCGACUAUGCCGCUCAUUAUAGCUGGUCUGUCGUUGUAUGUCGCGAACACGUUGGUGCUAGGCGCCGCGUUCGCGCCCACUGCGGGACUAGCACUCCUUUCGGGACUAUUCGUGUUGAACAUCGUGGCUAUGAUCAAAACUGAUGGGGCGGGAAAGUCCGCUCUCUCCAGUCGGUACAAUUCCAGCAUAGCUUGUCUCUGGGCGUUACUAGCGUCGUACUACUUCUACGGCAGCGGGCACCACGCGACGCUGGGCCACGUGAGCUGGGCGGCGGUGUUCCACGCCGGAGACCCCGCCCACCUGGUGUACGGACACGCUCUGUCCGCGGUGCUCAUGUUUAUUAGUCUGUUCGGUAUGCCCCUGAUGUUUGGGGUGACGACUCCCCUGUUGGCGCUGUGGAGUAGGGCCGGCGCUACGCCGGUGGGCCCCCGUACGCAGAUGGCCGCCGUCUUCUCACUCUGUCUCAAGUUCUCGCUGUGUUUCGCCGUGCGGAUGUUCGCCGCGGCCCUCUCAGCUACAAUUCACUGCAGGCACCUCAUGAUCUGGGGCGUAUUCACACCCAAAUUGCUGUUCGAGUUUGGAGCCUGCGUUGCUGCGCUUCUGGGCUCCUUCAUAGGUGCGACACUGACUGCUUGGCAUUUUACUACUCAGCAUAGAUCGAGUUGACAUAAGUAACUGACCUUAUUUUCGUAGCUAAUUGAAGAUUGGGAUGUUUUACUAUCUUUCGAAUGUGUUAGAAAUGUUGUCUCUUGAAUUAUUUUGAUCUAUUAUUAUUUUUGUCUCUUAAGAGCGCUAUCGCACUACGUCCGAACUAUUUCUAUUAUAGCUUACUCACAAAACUGCAAGUUUUCAACUACGCAUCUUGUGUUUACAGAGACGAAAGUCCUGACGGUAAUCUAACACCUUUUUUUUUAAAAAAAAAGGUGUUAGAUUACCGUUAGGUUUACCUAACGGUACCUUUACAAGCCCUGAAGAUUAUAAAAUAGUCACAAUCUAUAUAAUAUAUAAAACUCAAAGGUGACUAAAUGACAUGGUGAUCUAUCAACGAACAGCCCAGACCACUGGACUGAUCGGGCUGAAAUUUUGCAUGCAGGUUGAUGUUAUGACGUAG